AUGUCGUAUCCAGACCUGACCAAGUUCAAAGCCCUCUCCUUUGACUGCUACGGCACCCUCGUAGACUGGGAAUCCGGUCUCCGUGAGGGACUGCAGCCCAUCAUCGCCCGCCUGCCGCCCACUUCCUCCCAACAACUCAACGACAUCAGCAGCCAUGACCCAUCAGCAGCCUUGACAAAGCGCUUCGACGAACUCUCAGCCGCCCUCGAAGUCACGGAACCGCACCUGCGCUACGACCUGAACCUCGCGCGCACCUUCUCCACCCUGGCCUCCGAGGUAGGCGUCUCCGUCUCUGCGCAGGAGGCCAGCGCGUUCGGGGCGCUACCGGGCACGUGGGCGCCGUUUGCGGAUACCGUCGCCGGGCUGGCGGUCCUCCAGAAGCAUUACAAGCUCAUUCUCCUCUCCAACAUUGACGAGGCGAAUAUCCGCCGGUCGGUUUCCCUGCUGGCACCGGUGGCGUUGGACGCCGUGUAUACCGCCGAGCAGAUUGGUAGCUAUAAACCCGCCGACGCGAAUUUCGCGUACCUGUUUGAGCACGUUCGAGAGGAGUUGGGCGUGGAGUGGGAUGCUGCGGAAGGAGGGUUGUUGCAUGUUGCGAGGAGUCUGACGGCCGAUCAUGUUCCUGCGAAACGGCUGGGCUUGAGGAGCGUCUGGAUCUCGAGGGGUGGAGAUGUCAAGGGCGGGGAAGGGGUUGGCGGGGAUUUGGAGGGGUUGAGGGGGCAGGUUGGGUUUGAGUGGCGGUUUGAUACGAUUGGGGAGUUUGCGAAGGAGGUUGAGAGGCAGUUUGGAUCGCUUAAAGGAUGA